GUUCCGAAAUCCCAUAUCUAAGAGCCAAAGAUUCUUGUGUUUUUUUCAAACACCCGUGUUCUAACAAAUGCUCUCAUUCAUGUUUUAUCAUCCUAUGGAUUUGAGUCCCUUUUGUCUCACUUGCUCUCUGAUGGGGUCACGGACACUAUCCUAUGCAACUUGCCAAACUCAUUCUGUGUGAUGAAUCAGAACUGCCCCUCCUAGUGCUCUUCAUGGUAACACUGGUACUUGAGUGUCUUCAAGCUGUUUGGUAAUAGUUUGGUGUGGUGUUUUGAAUUUUGUUCCCUUUGAUCUCUCUUGUGAAACAUGUUUUGAUGUUAGGUUGCCUUUGAUGCAUAGUUGAGUAGUUGAAAGUGGAAGGGAGUAUCAAGAAGCAAAAAGGGGUUGUUUGCUUUAAGCAGAAAGCAGCUGAAGUUGUUGUCUUUUUGAGUUUUUUCAGCUUUCAUUUGGGAAAAGGGAGACAUGGAUCCUUUGGAGAGCAUUGUAAGAGGGUUAAGUUCAAGAGCACAGAAAGUUAGGAGUGGUGCUAGUUGAAGUGUAUGGAGAAAGAAGAGAAAAAGAAGACAAAGGGAAACAUAAAGGAUAACAUGCCAACAGUGUGGUUCUCUCUGAAGAAGUCUUUACACUGCAAAUCUGAGCCUUCUGAUGUUCAUGACCCCAAAACAAGGAAACACUUGAGCACAAUUUUGACCAAGAGAGCAGGGAGGUCAGGGUGUUCUAGGUCCAUAGCAAAUCUCAAAGAUGUGAUUCAUGGAAGCAAGAGGCAUCUUGAUAAGCCACCAAGUUGCAGUCCAAGAUCCAUAGGGAGCAGUGAGUUCCUCAACCCCAUAACUCAUGAGGUGAUAUUGAGCAACUCAAGGUGUGAGCUCAAGAUCACUGGCUAUGGAGGGUUCCAAGAAGGGGUUGGCAGUGCCAAUGGUGGUGGUGGCGGUGGCAGUGGUGGUUCAACUUUUGUGGGGACUUUGAGGCCAGGGACUCCAGGCCCUGGAGGGCACCCUACAAUGCACUACUUUAAUCCUUCUUUUAGGACUUCAUCCACUCCUCCAAGGAAAUCACCUUUCCUCUUAGCAGAUAAAGAAGGGUCUGGUCCUCAUGGUGGAGGACUUCAUCCUAGCAAUAGAUUGUCUCUUGAGACAGAUUCUAAUGGGUCUUCAACUGUGACUUGCCACAAAUGUGGAGAACAAUUUAACAAAUGGGAUGCUGCUGAAGCUCAUCAUCUGUCCAAGCAUGCUGUGACUGAGCUUGUGGAAGGAGAUUCAUCAAGGAAAAUCGUGGAGAUCAUAUGCAGGACCAGCUGGUUAAAGUCUGAAAACCAGUGUGGUAGAAUUGAGAGAGUUUUGAAGGUUCACAACAUGCAAAAAACUCUUGCAAGGUUUGAAGAGUACAGGGAGAUGGUGAAGAUCAAAGCCAGCAAACUCCAGAAGAAGCAUCCAAGGUGUCUGGCUGAUGGGAAUGAGCUUCUGAGGUUCUAUGGCACCACCGUGGCAUGCUCUCUUGGCCUUAAUGGCUCUUCUAGCCUCUGCCUAUCAGAAAAGUGUUGUGUUUGCAGAAUCAUAAGGAAUGGUUUUUCAGCCAAGAAGGAGCUCAAGGGUGGCAUUGGAGUUUUCACAACAUCCACAAGUGGAAGGGCUUUUGAGUCCAUAGAGAUCAUUGGUGAUGAACCAUCACAGAGAAAAGCACUUAUAGUAUGCAGAGUAAUUGCUGGCAGGGUUCAUAGGCCACUUGAGAACAUUCAGGAAAUGGCAGCACAAACAGGAUUCGACUCAUUGGCUGGCAAAGUGGGUCUAUAUUCAAACAUUGAGGAGCUGUAUUUGCUCAAUCCUAGAGCUCUUCUUCCUUGCUUUGUGGUGAUUUGCAAACCUUGAACCAAAAGAAUCAAAGUCAAAAAAGCCUUAACAUGUGUAGUUUUGUAGAUCCCCCUAUUUUGGCCUUUCUAUUGAGGUUCUUUCCUUUGGCAUUCA